AUGGGAGCCCUGAUGGAGAAUGGCUGGUUGAUGUCACAGUCACUAACCUCCACCAUGGGCCCAAACAGCUUUCCUGACAUCCACUCACAGCAUUCUCCCAAACCUGGGGGCUGUGGUGAAGCAAAAGGAAGUGGAAAGAUAGUGGGCCCAGAUUGGUACCUGAACAAGGUGAAGCUGAAGAUCAUUGAUGUCAAUGACAACGUUCCUGAGUGGAAUAUGAAGCCGUACCCUUACUUGGCUGUAGUUUCCCCCAAGGCCCCUGCGGGAACGUUCGUCUACCAGCUCCAGGCCCAGGAUGGGGAUGAGGGCAAAAGUGGAGAGGUGGAAUACUUCCUGUCGGAUGGUGGUGACGGCUGCUUUGCGGUGGACAAGAACACAGGCCAGGUGGUGACCACGGGGCUGGUGCUUCAGAGGGACAGAGAGUACUUGUUAAGUGUGGUGGCCCUUGACGGCCUGGGCAGCCGCAGUGCCCCCGCCAUGCUCUCCGUGAUGGCGGGAGCCCGAGCACCGCAAUUUACCAACAUUAGCUACGCCAUCUCCAUACCGGAGAACACACCUGAAGGACAGCCCUUCCUGGUGGUGUUUGCCAUUUCCUUCCAGGUGCAACCAAUCAGCUACAGCCUGCUGAUCAAUCCCAGCAGUCUUUUCAGCAUCCGGCAGGAGACGGGGGAGAUCAGUCUGACCAGGACGCUGGAUUAUGAGAGCGACCAGCGACGCUACCUGCUGAUGGUGCGAGCCAGCGAGGAGCCCGGCAGCCUCAGCACCGCCACGGAGGUUCAGGUGUUGAUAACGGACGAGAAUGAUUGUGUCCCGGAGUUCCUCCAAUCCAUCUACAGCGUGGAUGGAGUCCCUGAGACUGUAACCACAGCAACGUCCCUGCUUCAGGUGUUGGCAACGGACUGUGACUCCGGGUUGAACGCUGAGCUCACCUAUUACACCCUGAGCCCAGACUUCAGCAUUUCACCCCAUGGGACCGUUUUCCCCGCGGGCCGGCUGGACUACGAGAGGCCCAACCAUCUGUAUGAGUUUGUGGUGAUGGCAGUGGACAACGGAGAUGAGCCUCAUUCCGGCACUGCCACGGUCCGUGUGCGGAUGGCAAAUGUCAACGAUGAGGCCCCUGAAUUCUCCCAGAAUGUAUAUCGAACCUUUGUUUCCGAGGACGCGGGCCCAAACACCCUUGUCGCCACAGUCCUGGCCAAAGACCCAGAUGGCGAUGGUAUAAUCUACUCCAUAACAGCAGGCAAUGAGGAAGGAAACUUCAUCAUUGACAGCCAGAAAGGGCUGAUUCGUCUACGCUCCACUCCACUACCUAAGCUUCAGGGGCUGGAGUAUGUCCUGAACGUAACAGCCACGGACGACAAUGCAUCAGGCGGACUGCACCCCCUCUCGUCCACUGCUCGGGUCAUCGUUGGGGUUGAUGAUGUCAACAACAAUAAACCUGUAUUCGAGGAGUGCCAGCAAUAUCGUGAGCAAGCUUCAGUGCUGGAGAACCAGCCAACGGGGACUUUUGUGUUGCAAGUGCAUGCUGUGGAUGCAGAUGAGGGAGCAAAUGGAAAAGUCAAAUAUGGCUUAAUGCACAGAGACAGCACCAUGCCUGCCUUCAGAAUUCAUCCAGACACAGGAGCGAUUGUGACGGCCAGGCGCUUUGACAGAGAGCGGCAGCGAGAGUAUUCAAUUACAGUAACGGCCACUGAUUGGGCGGAGGAGCCGCUCAUCGGCAUCUGUCAGCUCACCGUCCAGAUACUGGACCAGAAUGAUAAUAACCCCAAGUUUGAGAACUUGCGCUACGAGUACUUUCUGAGAGAAGACACUCUGGUCGGCACCAGUUUCCUCCGUGUGGCCGCUCACGAUGACGACUUUGGCACAAACGCAGCCAUCGCUUACUCCAUGUCCCCGGAGCAGCCCGAGUACCUGCAGGUCAACCCCGUCACCGGAUGGGUCUACGUUAACCAGCCCAUAUCACAGAGGACUUACAUUACUCGGGACAUCAUAGCAACUGACGGUGGAGACCGAAAUACUUCUGUGGAGCUGGCAGUCACCAUCACCAAUGUCAAGAACCAGCCUCCGCAGUGGCAGGAGGAGAGCUACAGUGUCGUCAUACCCGAGAACAGUGCCAGAGACACACCCAUAGUGACUAUCAAGGCGACCUCUCAACUGGGUGACCCGAGGGUGACCUACAACCUGGAAGAUGGAAUGGUCCCGGAAACCAACAUGCCAGUGCGUUUCUACCUCUCUCCCAACCGCGAAGAUGGCUCAGCGUCCAUUCUGGUGUCUGAGCCGCUGGAUUACGAGACCACGGCCUUUUUCUCUCUGAGGGUCCGAGCACAGAACGUGGCUGCAGUGCCUCUGGCAGCUUUCACCACAGUUUACGUCAACAUUACAGAUGUUAAUGACAACGUGCCGUUUUUCACCUCCUCCAUCUACGAGGCGUCGGUGACAGAAGGAGCCCAGGUUGGGACUUCAGUUCUCCAAGUGUCUGCACACGACAAAGACCUGGGUCUUAAUGGAGAGAUCACUUACUUUCUUUUGAGUGACAGCAGUGGAGACCACCAUCUGUUCCGCAUUGACCCGAAACUUGGGGUCAUCUACACAGAAGCCGUGUUUGAUCGUGAGGCCCGCAGCUCUUAUUUGUUGGAAGUUCAGUCAGAAGACGGGCAGGAGUCAGCGCGACCUGGCAAAAACAAACAACCAAACUCAGACACAGCAUAUGUGAGGGUUUUCAUCAGCGACGUCAACGACAACAAACCUCUCUUUGCUCAGCGACUGUAUGAAGUCGGCGUCGAUGAGAAUGCAGAUGUGGGCCUGACUGUUGUCGCCGUUAGUGCUAAUGACGAAGAUGAAGGGGCCAACGCCAAGCUGCGCUACCAGAUAACGUCCGGCAACAAAGGUGGCGUUUUUGACAUUGAGCCAGAGGUGGGGACGAUUUUUAUUGCACAACCACUGGACUAUGAGCAGCAGAAGAGAUACAAGCUACUGGUCCUAGCGUCCGACGGGAAGUGGGAAGACUAUGCCGCUGUGGUGGUCACUGUGGUGAAUAAGAAUGAUGAGGCACCGGUGUUCUCCAUGAAUGAGUACUAUGGAUCUGUCACAGAGGAGCUUGACGGGUCACCAGUGUUUGUACUACAGGUGACAGCCACUGACCCAGACAAAGAUGCAGACCAGGGCGCCAUACGGUAUUCCAUUCAUGGCCAAGGGGCAGAGUCACACUUCAUGAUCAACGACAUCACGGGGGAAAUGUAUGCCCAGCGCACCAUGGACCGAGAGGAGCGUGCCGUCUGGCGCUUUGUUGUCAUGGCAACAGACGAAGAGGGUGAGGGACUUACCGGCUUUACGGAUGUGAUUAUUAAUGUGUGGGACAUCAAUGACAAUGCCCCCACUUUCUCCUGUGCCCCGGAUAAUUGCCAUAGUAGUGUGGCGGAGAACUCCCCCCCUGGGGCGUUUGUUGUGGAAAUGACAGCGAUAGACCUUGACGAUGCAGCCGUAGGUCAGAACGCAAUCCUCACCUACAGGAUUAUUGAGAAUGCGCACAACACGAAAAAUGUCGACCUCUUCACUAUUGAUUCUAGCACUGGCACCAUAUCUGUAGCAGCAGAGGGUCUGGACCGGGAGUUUACUGAAAACCACCGGCUCGUUGUCGAGGCCCGGGACGGUGGGGGCAUGACGGGUACAGCUACUGCCACUAUAAUCAUAACAGAUAUCAAUGACCACGUCCCAAAGUUUAGAGAGGACUGGUGCGGCGCUCGUGUGCCAGAGAGCACUAAAGAGGACGCUCCAAUUCUGGAGUUGAGCGCCGUGGACCCGGAUGCUGGCAUGUAUGGACAGCUGACCUUUAGCGUGGUGGCUGGAGACCCAGAGCAACAGUACUACAUGGUCAGCCACAGACUGGACCAGACAGGGACUCUGAGACUGAAGCAGAAGCUGGACUUUGAGAAGCCUGGGAAGCAGCGGUUCAACCUCACGAUUAAAGUGGAGGACUCUGAAUUCUCCAGCCUCAUCCACUGUCUGGUGCAAGUGGAGGAUGAGAAUGAUAACGUCCCUGUGUUUGACCCGAGUUCCCACCUGCUCACUCCUUUGUCCGAGGACACAAGUGUAGGAACCAGUGUAAUUCAGGUUGUGGCCACUGACAAUGACUCGGGUCUGAACGGGGACAUUUUGUACAGCAUUCACCCCGACUCUGACCCAUAUGGACAUUUUUCAGUCAGUCGAGCCGGAGUGGUCACAGUCGCCAGGCCUUUGGAUAGGGAGACAGUGGCAGGUUAUGAACUUGUCAUCAUGGCGACAGACCAGGGUUCCCCGGCACUGACUGGCAGUGUCACAGUCCACCUGCCGCUGUUAGACAUGAACGACAACGGGCCGGAGCUGGAGAUGGUCUACGCCCCCGUGUUGUGGGAGAACAGUCCACCACCUCAAGUGGUCUGGCUAAACGCGAGCUCAACUCUGCUCUAUGUCCUGGACAGGGACUCGCCAGAGCACGGGCCUCCGUUCUACCUCUCCCUACCCCCUCUUUACUCUACCGACUUCCACCUGCAGGAUCACGGGAACAGCUCAGCCACACUCACUGCCCUGCGGCGAUUCGACAGGGAGAGGCAGAGUGAGUUCCACCUGCCAUUGAUUAUGAUAGACAGCGGAGAUCCACCAAUGACGGCAACGAACACGCUCACAAUCACCAUCGGUGACCAGAAUGACAAUGCCCAUCAGGCUGGAGAGAAAGAUGUCUAUGUGUACGGCCGCAAGGGAAGGAUGACAAAUGCAGCACUGGGGAAGGUGUAUGCCCCAGAUCCUGAUGACUGGGACAACAAGACCUACACUCUGGAGACAAGCGCAGCCAAGUAA